AUGCAUCUAUUCUUUUGGCCUCGAUCGCAGCUUUUGGAAAUCGGCGACCAAAGCUGGUGCCCCCCAUGGCUUCAUCAGCACGAGCAACUAGUUCUCACCCAACUGUGGAAUCUUCGAGUCCCCUGGUGGAGCCGUGGAAGUCUCGCGAAACAGGCAUGUGCAGUGUUCAAAGAACACCUGAAAGAUCUUUCCUCGUACACAGUUCUGGAUAUCUGCGCCGGUGCCGGUGGGCCUACCCCAGUGCUCGAAUCGGAACUCAAUAAACAACUCGAGUCCGAGGGCAAGGGUCCUGUUCAGUUUGUUUUGACCGACCUGUACCCCCAUAUUGAAGAGUGGGAGCGAAUCUCGAAGAAACAGCAGAACGUCACGUAUAUCGAGAGCCCGGUGGAUGCCCGAGCUGUUCCUCGAUUUGCAGCAAGUUCGAAAAAAGAGUGUCGGAUCUUCAAUAUCUGUUUCCACCACUUUGGAGAUGAAGAUGCAGCGGGAAUACUUAAGAAUGCAAUUGAGUCUGCUGACUCGUUUAUGCAAGUUAUGAUUCCGUUCAUAUUUGAAAUCACAUCACGCGAUCUUUGGACUUGUCUAUGCUCACCUUUGGUCUUCUUUUAUACUUUCUUUGUAACUCUUCUUUGGUACUGGGACUCGCCAGUCCAUCUUCUUUUCACAUUCAUUCUACCCGUGGCGCCUCUGACUAUCAUGAUCGAUGGGCUUAUAUCCUGUCUUCGAACUCGCACCGCAAAGGAAACUUGGAAAUUGCUGGAUCAGCCAGAUCUUGGCCUGACCAACUGGACCUUUCACAGUGGGCAGAAAAUUGUUCAAUUUCCUUUCAUCACUUUGUAUUAUCAUGUUGGCAUCAAAUCAUAA